AAAUAUCUCAAUGAGGACUGUUGUAGCAAUAGUUGUUGCUACUUUUGUAUUCAUCAUCAUUAUCAUCAUCAUCAUCUUUGUUGUUCUUGCUCGCCGGUUUGCUAGAAGGGGAAAAUCAGACCAACAAGUUGAGUUUAAUCAAACUGGUAUCACAACUGUACGCUCCCUACAGUUCGAUUUCAAGACAAUUGAAGUUGCAACAGAUAAUUUUUCAGAGCGCAAUAAAAUUGGCCGAGGUGGAUUUGGAGAUGUUUUCAAGGGCACAUUAAUGCCUGGUGGAAAAGAAGUUGCAGUGAAAAGGUUGUCAAGAACAUCAGAACAAGGUGAGAAAGAGUUCAAGAAUGAGGUUAUUGUACAUAACUCCUAUGGCUAUAACUCCGAUGUUCCUGUUCUAGUUUGA